GCAUGCGUAUAGCGAUUUGUCCGAGAGUGUAUAAUCAAUAUCUGAAGCAGACAGCAAUCCGACCCUAACAAUACGUGGACCACAACAAAUAUCGGGAUCCAACAAAAUGUUGCCGAAACUCGUGUUCCUUCUGUCUUUAUCGGGGAUUUAUUGUGAGCCAGAAACUGUGAGAGAUAAUUUCGACUAUUUCAGUUACAAUUUGCCGAAGGAUGAAAUCGUUUUACGACCCCAAGAAGUGAAGGACUGGCCCCAAACUUCGCUGAACGUGGGACAGAUAACCGCAGUGUCCAUUAAUUCUUUGGGUCAACCUGUGAUAUUCCACAGGGCUGAGCGAGUAUGGGACGAAAGCACUUUCAACGAAUCCAACGUCUACCAAGAUCUGGACAAAGGUCCGAUCAUAGAGGAUACCAUUCUAGUAUUGGAUCCCCACACUGGAUCUGUACUGCAUAGUUGGGGAGCUUAUGCCUUCUACAUGCCACAUGGGUUGACCGUGGAUCAUCAUGAUAACGUUUGGGUUACUGACGUCGCGAAACAUCAAGUUUUUAAGUACAUUCCAAACAACCACAAAUACCCAACAUUGACAAUCGGAGAAGCGUUCACCGCCGGCUUCCCAUUCAGGCGUCGUUCUCCAGUCCAUUACCUAUGCAUGCCAACCUCUGUAGCCGUCGCAACCACGGGAGAAAUAUUCGUCGCUGAUGGAUAUUGCAACAACCAGAUCUUAAAGUUCAACGCGGCUGGCAAACUGUUAUUGGCUAUACCAUCAGUUUCUGAAUCUUGGACCCUCAAUGUGCCUCAUAGUGUGACGUUGUUGGAGCAUUUGGACCUGGUCUGCGUGGCUGAUCGGGAGAACAUGAGGAUUGUCUGCCCAAAGGCUGGAUUGAAGAGCUACGUGGAUAGGUUUGAUGAACCGACCACUGUUAUUGAGGAUCCUACCCUUGGCAGGGUAUUUGCUGUUGCGUCUCAUGGUGACACAAUCUACGCUGUGAACGGACCUACUUCUCAGAACAUUGCUGUGCGAGGUUUCACUGUGAAUGCUUUCUAUGAGAAUAUCUUGGACACCUGGGAACCGACCACUGGCUUCACCAACCCCCACUCAGUGGCUGUCACAAGAAACGGCUCCCAUCUCUACGUCACAGAAAUAGGACCAAACAAGAUAUGGAAGUUCGAACUAACAGAUGUUUAUGAUAAAAAGUAAAUGUAUUAGAAGAAAACUAUAUAGAACAAUGUUUAACUAACUUCAGAGUAUUUUAGUUCGCUUGGCGGUGAAUAAAAUUCACCGAAUAUAGGAAAGAGAUGCAUAUAAAUAUUGAUUCUAGGAAUAAAAUGAUAUUACUAUACACUCUUAAUAAAAAUACUACAUACUUAGGUACAUAUAACCAGACAUUGUAGUUCUAGUAAAUCUAAAUUAGUGUUCUCUAAGCUUCAACGUACUCACUUCAUAAUACCGUAGAGGAUUUCAAUUUGCUUCUACAUAUAAAGGAAAUAAAACUCAUUUUUAAUUAACAAGUCAAAUUGCCGUGUAGAUUUGAACUUUAUAUUUAUGUACGUAAAUGUUCCUGCCAUAUUGGCGAAUUUAACGAGAAAUAAAAUGUAUGAUAGUAAAGAGAAAUGUUUAUUGUGUAAUUAAAGGGCCAAAAAACACGCACAGAUAAUUAAUUGAAUGAACCUUUAAGACCUAAAAAGCUAAGCGAUUGUACACGCGGGAAUCAUUAAAGGAUAUUAUGUCUUCCUACUUGAAAAUAAGGUACUAAUUUCCUUCCAUAGUAAUAUUAAUUUUAUACUCGUUCAUUUAUAUUGUGAUGUGCUAAUUUUCAUCAACUAAUUUAAGGUCAUUUUGAGUUCCUGUAGAGUACA